UCCUUUGCGCUCGUCGCGGGGUUGUAGCUCCUGAGUAAGUGCUUCCGGGCCGCAGUGUGGGACGCCUCCGCGGCCGUGCCUGGGCAGCAUGGCUGUAUUUGGGUCAGGACUUUUGGUGCUGACAUCGCCGCUGGCCGUCCUGGCCCCUCGCCUGGCUCCCAUCCUGACCUCAGCGGCCCGUCUGGUGAACCACACACUCUAUGUGCAUCUGCAGCCCGGCUUGAGCCUGGAGGGUCCGGCUCAGCCCCAGGCCAGCCCUGUGCAGGCCACGUUCGAGGUUCUGGAUUUCAUCGCACACUUGUACGCAGGCGCCGACCUUCACAGGCACCUGGACGUCAGAAUCCUACUGACCAACAUCCAAACCAAAAGCACCUUUCUCCCUUCACUGUCCAGUUCGGUCCAGAAUCUGGCCCACCCUCCGGAAGUAGUGCUGACAGACUUCCAGACUCUGGAUGGAAGCCAGUACAACCCUGCGAAGCAGAAGCUAGAGCGUUACGCCACCAGCUGUUACAGCUGUUGUUCGCAUCUGUCUUCAGUGUUGCUGUACCCCGAUUAUGGGGCUGGAGAGAUUCCCGUGGACACCUCGAAUGUCCCCUUACCCUCCACCAUCAGGCCAGCUUCUCCUGUGGCCAGGUCCCCAAAGCAACCUGUGCGUGGCUACCUCCGUGGGGCGGUGGGUGGCACGUUUGACCGGCUGCACAAUGCCCACAAAGUGCUACUCAGUGUGGCAUGUGUCCUGGCCAAGGAGCGGCUCGUGGUGGGAGUAGCAGACAAAGAUCUGUUGAAGAGUAAGUUGCUCCCUGAGCUGCUUCAGCCUUACGAAAAACGUGUAGAAUGUCUGAGUGAGUUCCUGGUGGAUGUCAAGCCCUCCCUGACGUUUGAUGUCGUCCCCCUACUGGACCCCUAUGGGCCGGCCGGCUCUGACCCCUUCCUGGAGUUCCUGGUGGUCAGCGAGGAGACCUAUCGUGGAGGGAUGGCCGUCAACCGCUUCCGCCUUGAGCAUGACCUGGAGGAGCUUGCCUUGUACCAGAUCCAGCUGUUGAAGGACGAACACCACAGGGAAAAUGAAGAAGACAAAGUCAGCUCCUCCACCUUCCGCCAGCGACUCCUGGGAAGCCUGCUUCGGCGUCCAAAUGAGAGGCCAGAUCUCCCUUCCGGUCUCUAUGUGCUUGGGCUGACUGGCAUCAGUGGCUCUGGGAAGAGCUCAAUAGCUCAGCGCCUGAAGGGUCUGGGAGCAUUUGUCAUAGACAGUGACCAACUGGGCCAUCGGGCCUAUGCCCCUGGGGGUCCUGCCUACCAGCCUGUGGUGGAGGCCUUUGGAACAGAUAUUCUCCAUAAAGAUGGCCUUAUCAACAGGAAGGUGCUCGGCAGCCGAGUAUUUGGGAACAAGAAGCAACUGAAAAUGCUCACAGACAUUAUGUGGCCAGUCAUCGCAAAGCUGGCCCGAGAGGAAAUGGAUGUGGCUGUGGCUGAGGGAAAGAAUGUAUGUGUGAUUGAUGCUGCCAUGUUGCUUGAAGCCGGCUGGCAGAACAUGGUACAUGAGGUGUGGACCGUUGUCAUCCCUGAGACUGAGGCCAUACGGCGCAUUAUGGAGAGAGAUGGCCUGAGUGAAGCUGCUGCCCAGAGCCGGCUGCAGAGCCAGAUGAGCGGGCAGCAGCUUGUGAACGAGAGCCACGUGGUGCUGAGCACCUUGUGGGAGCCACAUGUCACCCAAUGCCAGGUGGAAAAAGCCUGGAAUCUUCUACAGAAGCGCCUCCCCAAGACUCCUCAGGCCCAGGAAUGGCAGUGAGUUUUCUGUGGAGCCAGACUGGCCCCCGGAGCUGGCAGAUCCAGUGGUGAGGAGGAGUGGGGGCCUCCAUGCUUACACUUCCUGAGGCCUUGAGCUUCUAGCUGAGCUGUGCAGGACACAUCAGAGCCUGGAGAACACAGGAAGUCUAGCUAACAUGUCUGUAUUUGACCAACAAUAAGGAUGUGGCUCAUGUGGUAGCGGCCCCCUCUAGGGCUCCAGUCCUGUUCUUGCUGGUGGGUGCUGGUGCCCAUCACUGACAGGUCAUGAUCAACACGGAAAUCUGUAACAGAAUUAAAAACAAAUAUUCCAAUGA